AAAAAAAAAAAAAAAACCUCCGCUGUCGCAGCAGGCAGCGCCGCCCCUCGCCGGAUCCCUCCGGCACCCACGCCUCCGCCUCUGCCUCAGCCUCGCGCUUGCGCCGCUCCUCUCCCCGGAUCUGUAGCAGUAUGGAGCUGCCGGCCGACGUCGUCGAAGAGAUCCUCCUCCGCCUCCCACCGGCCGAUCCCGCGAGCCUCGUCCGCGCCGCGCUCGUCUGCAAGCCCUGGUGCCGCAUCGUCUGUGCCCGCAGCUUCCGCCGCCGGUUCAUGGAGUUCCACCGCACAGCACCACUGCUCGGCUUCCUGUGCAACCCCUUGUUCGCCUGGUUCGUCCCCACCUCCUCUUUCCGCCCGACACCCACCGGCUGCGAGGAGGACGUCCGCGACUGCGUCGUCCUCGACGCCCGCCACGGCCUCGUCGUCCUCCACUUCGUCCUGGGUGACGACGAGGUCGACGCCCUCGUCAUCUGGGACCCGACAACGGGCGAGCGGUGGGAGAUACCAGUCCUGGACGACUGCGAACGGGACGAGUGGUACGCGACUGUGCUCCGCGAGCCCACGGCCGACGGUACAGCCUUCGUCGUCGUUCGCUUUGUCACCAAGUACUACAGCUACAGCCAGGUCCAGCGCUGGUCCUUGCGCGUCUACUCAUCGGCGGCAGCCUGCUGGAGCGAGCCGACUCUGGUCCCCAAGUGCAGCGUCGAUCUAGUGCCUACUGCCCUUGUGGGAACACACUCUACUUCUCGAUUGAUAAUGGCAGUAGGGUCCUAGGUUUUGAUUUGGCCACAACGGAGACAUCUGUGGUUCACUUACCUCGAGCCUCCAAUUGUGCUAUUGCGCUCAUGGAGAUGGAGGGUGGUGGGCUGGGAUUUGCAAGAGUGGAUAUGGCCGCCAGACUCUUGCUCUGGUCAAUGGAGGUGAAUCCAAACGGAGGCGUGGGAUGGACACGGACUAGAGUCAUUGAGCUUGAGAAGUUGCUUCCAGUCGGUGCCGGCUCCAUCAGUUAUGGCUUCCUUGGCUUUGCGCAUGGUGUUGAUGUCUUUUUCGUGGGAAUGAAUGAUGGUGUGCUAUUCAGCUUUGAUCUAAAGUCUGGUCGGGUGCGGAAGGUAUACAAGGGGGAAUGUGAUGAAGAUGGCUUGCUUGGUCGUGUUCCCUGUGUUGUUCCCUACACGAGCUUCUGCACUCCAGACAGCCACAGAUGGAAAUGGACUGAAUUUACUGAAGCAUACCAUCGAGCAAUUUGGGGUCUCUUCAGAAUGUGAAUCCCUGCUGUGUUGUCUACCAACUUCGACACUUGCUGAAGAAGAUGCAGAGUUCAGUCAGUCAAGCUGAAUUUGUUGAAGAUGUCUCCCUCCUCGCACACGUCCUCUGCCGCCCGACUCCGGCGCCCUCCCUUCCUUAUCCUUCCUGACCCUGUUCCGUUCGUCUGUAUCCCGCAGCGAGGAGUGGAGAGGCGCUUGCUUGAUUCGCUGCAUCUGAGUAUCACGGCCGCGACUCCGGCGCCUCCCGCUGCCGCAGCAUGGCCACAACGGAGGUUACGGAGAAAAUGGUUAUCCAAUUAUAAUUGGCUUCUUCCAAAUAGGACUCGUAACAUUGGUUUCUUCCAAACAGAACUCUAAACGUUGUUUAUAAGCUCUAAUGAUAUUUUGGCCCUUUUUAAUUAAUUUUGAUAAUUUAAAAUACAUGUAUUUUUAGUUAAUGACUGUAUUGCCCUUUAGUCUUUGUACACAGAUUGAUGUUUCAGUUUCUCUAAAAAAAGAUCGACGUUUCCACCGCAAAACCUCUCCCCGGCGAUCCACCGUCGCCCGGCGAGCCCCCGGCGGCGGUAGGCGAUCUGCUCCCUCCAACGGCCGUCGAAGCCUCGUCGCGCUGGCAGGAAGCCAGAUGGCAAGUGACCUAGGGCUUGCCUCGCCGGGCAGGAGACUAGACAACACCAGGAACGACGCGCUCACGCACAUGACCACGCGUUCUCAGGGUAGGCGGUGACGCUGCUGGUGAAACCAGCCAAGGUGGAGAUGGCCAAAUAUACCUGAUGUCCAGGUGGACCAAUCCGUGCAAAUAGAUGCCGAUGCCCAUGCAAGGUCACUGUUGCCUACUGUUUGUCAUCCAGCAAUAGAGUACAGCCUUCCGAUUCUUCAAGUGGAAAGAUAUAAAUUCGAUGCACUUCAUCUCUUAUUUCAUACCAGUACAUAGUAGACAGUAGUAAAUAUUGGAUGCACUUCCUGUCUUUUUUUCGUUCCAGUAGAAGACAGUAGUAAAUAUAAAUGUAGAUUUCUUCUGUUUGUAAGUCUCAAGUAAAUGUAGAUUUCUCUUGUUUGUAAGUCAACUACAAAGAAAUAUAGGGGGGUUUUGCAA